AUGGCUUGUGGAGAAGAAAGGCUGCUGACGAGGCUGCAGAAUGUCACGGAAGCCACGCGAAACACCAAGGCCAUGGUCAACCACGUGCUCCAAGCCGCUGACAUCAUGCACUACGAGUUCGACGUCCUGAACCUCUUCUUGGAGAGGCUUGAGGCCUUCCAUGCCCCGAACCACUUCCUUGACGUGGCCUCCCGGUGCGUCGCCGAGGCAUCGCGCGCCAUCAAGUCUGCCACAGGAGUUCUUCAGGCGGUCACUGGCGAGCUCAUCGCCGCUUGCUGCCUGACAGCAUUUUUCCAUGUCUUCCUGGGCCGCCCACUGAUCGGCGAGAUCACGCAAGUAGAAGAGCCGACGUACCAACUUGUUUAUCGAAUCGUCGGGCAAUACGUCAUCCGACACCUCGGCCUGCCCUACGUGCACGCCUGUGCUCACGGGGAGAAGCAGCUGCGCCUGCGCCUGGCCCAGCGAGGCAGCGCAGAAGCUCUGGCUGCCUUGGAGUACGGCUAUCGCGAGGACAUGCUGAACAAGUAUCAGCAGUUGCUGGCAAUGGCGGGUGACAAGGCUCGCUCAGCUUGCGGCUAUGACGGAUUGAGCCUGCUACGAGUCUGGUGUGGCGACCCCGAGGUCCUGCAGAUCAUGGCCAGCUCCGUGGAAGCUCCCUACGGAGAAGCCGCUGUCAUCUGCCGGAAGGACUUCCGCAAGAUCGUCUUCGACCUGAGUCAACUGGAUCCCAACCGUGCUGCGCUGGCGCAGCGGAUGAAGGAGCUGUUCGUCCAGCCUGGCGAGCCCACAGGAACGCCGAACAUCGCGCUCAUGACCUUGGCGCUGACCGACCCGCUGCAGUUUCACCAGGAGCAGAGCAACCGUCCGAUGGUCAUCCACGACCAAGCGCCAGGUGCCGACGAGGGCUCGGUGCCUCUUGCAGCCGCUGAGGCAAGCCCGGCGAGAGGGUCACUCAAGCGGCCACGCGGUGCGGAGAGCGGGGCGCCUGAGGCUGGGGUUGUGGUGAUAGCUUCCGACGAUGAUGCGCCCACGGUCGAGGCCGAUGCCCCAACGGCGAAGCCAAAGGGCCGUCCGAAGGGACGACCCAAGAAGCACCCCGAGGUGGAGACCCAGCCGAAGUCGGAGCCGAAGUCAAAGCCGAAGGCAAAGCCGAAGGCAAAGCCAAAAGAGGCACGAGCUGGACCCCGCGCAACUCCGGCUGGUUCUGACGCAGGGGACGGCCUUUAG